AUCGAGCCGGCCUACUUCUACCUUGGCGGCAGCGGCGGCGGCGGUAGCAAUGGCAGUGGCAGUGGCAGUGGCAGCGGCAGCGGCAGCGUGGACGACGUCGAUGCUGUGCCCGUUUUCGAGCCGUCGAUGGACGACUUUCGCGACUUCUACUCGUUCUGCGAGCGAAUCGACCACUGGGGCAUGCGGAGCGGCAUCGUCAAGGUCGUGCCGCCGGCCGAGUGGACGGGCAAGCUUCCCAAGCUCGAUGAGGGCGAGGUCAAGAGGCUAAGAGCGGUGCGGAUCAAAAACUCCAUCAGCCAGAUGUUCAGCAAGGCUGGCGGAGGCGCCUUUCACCAGAAGAACAUCGUCCACCCGGCCAAGGUGGUCAACGCAAAGCAGUGGGCGGACUUGUGUGCGAGCAAGGAGCAGAGGGGUCCGGACAUGGAGCGGAUGAAGGGAAACGCGAGGGCCGAGGCCAAGGCGAGGAAGCAGGAGCUGCGCAUGGGCCACUUUGCCGUCCCCACUGAUGACAAUGACGACGACGAUGAUGAUGGGGAGCAAAAGGAGGAGGAUGGCGUACGGACCAGAAGUGGUGGUACUCCAUCGAGGGAGACGGCCAAGCAUGGACAGAAGGCAGAGGGAAAGGUCAAGAUGGCCGAUCGGACGACAGAGGCAGAAUGGAAUGCCUUUGACUAUGAAAACGGCUGGUGCCAUGAGGCAGGGCCAAAGGCUACAGCCGACGACUGGAAGGACGAAGAGGUGUGCAGGGCGAUUGAAAAGGAGUACUGGUCGGGCCUCAUCUGGGGAAAGCCGCCCAUGUAUGGCGCCGAUCUGGAGGGGACGCUGUUCACCGACGAGACCAAGGACUGGAAUGUGGGCCACCUCGACAACGUCCUGACCCGCCUCAAGCUCAAGCACAGACUCAAGGGUGUCACCACCCCGUACCUCUACUUUGGCAUGUGGCGCGCCACCUUUGCGUGGCAUGUCGAGGACGUGGACCUCUACUCGAUCAACUACAUCCACUUUGGCGCACCCAAGCAGUGGUACUCGAUCCGCCAGUCGGACCGCCAACGGUUCGAGCUCGCCAUGGCCGGCGCCUUUCCUGGAGACUCGUCGCGGUGCCGUCAUUUCAUGCGCCACAAGUCCUACCUCGCCUCGCCCUCCUUUCUCGCCUCCAACAACAUCAAACCUCUCCGGCUCGUCCAGCAUGCCGGCGAGUUUGUCAUCACCUACCCCUACGGCUACCACUCGGGCUACAACCUCGGCUUCAACUGCGCAGAGUCGCUCAACUUUGCCCUCGAGUCGUGGAUUCCCAUUGGCAGGCGGGCGGGCCACUGCCUGUGCGAUCCAGACGCCGUCCACAUGGACAUUGACGCCCUCCUCGAGGAGUCGGCCGAGCUCGAGGAGAUGGAGAGGCGCAGGGAGGAGCGGCAGCGAGGCCAGGUCGAGCACGAGGCUCGGCUCGAGGACAACUGCGUCUUUUGCCCUUACAAUCUCGACGACGACCUUGUGCCGCUACGCGCCGAUGCCAAGGCAAGAUAUGCCCACCGCUUCUGCACCAACUUUAUGCCCGAGUGCUGGGUUGGUGAGGACGACGACGACGACAGAGGGCCCGGUGAGGUGGUGAUGGGCUUCGACUCGAUCAACAAGGCCAGGUGGUCGCUCAAGUGCCAGCUCUGCGCCACACCCCAGCUGGCGAAAAAGGGGGCAAAGGUCCAGUGCACCUACUCAAAAUGCUCCCGGACGACACACGCCGCAUGUGCACUCAAGGAUACCUCUGGUUGGCUCUUGGAUGUCGUCGGAGAUCGCGCGGCGGACCGCUUGGAGGGCAAGACCACAGGCACGGACGAGAUCGAAGAGGACGACGAAGAGCCAACGCGGAUGGUCGUCCUUUGCAAGCAGCACAACCCCGAGCAGAAGCAGCGCGAGGCUGUGCGCAAAGCCCUUGUGCUCAAGGCCUGUGUCACGAGGCUUAAAGAGGGCCAGAACGUGCGUGUGAGGACAAGCAGGGGGGUCUGGAUGACGGUCCUCGUCGAGGUC